AUGCAGCUCUGUUAUCUGCUGCCUGGGUCACUCCCAAGCCAGAAAGCAAUGGUUGUAGAACUGGUUAAGAAAUACAAAAAGGCUGUUACUUUGGCUAUAGGGGAUGGAGCCAAUGAUGUCAACAUGAUUAAAACUGCACACAUUGGCGUUGGUAUUAGUGGACAAGAAGGAAUGCAAGCGGUAAUGUCCAGUGACUACUCCGUUGCUCAGUUUAAAUACAUUCAACGUUUGUUGUUGGUUCACGGUCGCUGGUCGUACAUUCGAAUGUGCAAGUUCCUGCGUUUUUUCUUCUACAAGAACUUUGCCUUCACGUUGGUUCACUUUUGGUACUCUUUCUUUAGUGGAUUUUCUGCUCAGACGGUCUACGAAACUUGGUUCAUUUCCCUGUAUAAUGUUCUCUACUCCAGUCUUCCUGUACUCCUUGUGGGUUUGCUGGAUCAGGAUGUAAGUGACAAGCUAAGUCUUCGCUUCCCUCGUUUGUACAUUCCUGGCCAAAAAGAUAAACUGUUCAACUACCAGAAAUUCUUCUUGAGUCUGUUCCAUGGUAUAGUCACCUCGCUUAUUAUUUUCUUCAUACCUUAUGGAGCUUUCUUAUUGACCAUGGGGCAGGAUGGAGAAGCGCCCUCAGAUUACCAGUCGUUUGCUGUCACAACUGCUACUGCACUUAUUAUAACCGUUAAUUUUCAGAUUGGACUUGACACUUCGUAUUGGACUUUUGUUAAUGCAUUUUCAAUGUUUGGGAGCAUUGCCAUUUACUUUGGUAUAAUGUUUGAUCUUCACAGUGCUGGGAUUCAUGUUUUGUUUCCAUCCAUGUUUAUAUUUACAGGAGCUGCUCCAAAUGCUUUAAGGCAACCAUAUCUUUGGCUCACCAUAAUUCUAACUGUUGGUAUUUGCCUUCUACCAGUUGUUGCCUUCAGGUUCUUGGUAAAAAAUAUAUACCCCUCGGAGAGUGACGUAAUUCAAAAGAACCGGAAAAAAUACAAAGAAGAAGCCCAAUGGAAACCAAGACACAGCACAAUUCGUCGCGGAGUAUCUGCACGCCGCUCUGCUUAUGCAUUCUCUCACCAGCGAGGCUAUGCUGACCUUAUUUCUACAGGACGAAAUAUAAAGAAGAAACGGGCAACACUGGAUGCUGUUCUUGGCAGUAGUUCGGCAGAAGUUAUGCAAACUGCAGCGAAUACUUGAUUGUGAUUUUAACUUCUUCAGCAAUUUUUUUUUAUACUGAAAACACUACCUUUUGGAAUGUCUGUAUAUAUAUAUUUUUAUGAAACUGUUUUCACCUCAGGAUUUUUUUAACAUAUGUAAAUUUACUUGUAAUAUCUAUAAAAAGCCAUCUGCAUGGUGAAGACUUUCUACAAAAAAAUGCCUUAGUAAGGUUUAUUUUUUUAAAUGUUUCUAUAUCACUUCAGCAAACAGAGUUUGCUUUAUAGGCAUCUGCCUGGGAGGGGGAGGGUGCAGCAAUCAAACACAUGGAGAGAUCUGACGUGCAAACCAAUGAUCCGUUUGCAUUAGUACAUCACAAUGUGGUGAACAAGAGACUAAGGUUUAAAAACAAACUAGAAAGUUUGUGUUGUGGAAACAAAAGACCAACAAAUCAAGAAUGGAGUAGGUUUAUGGUUACAACACCCUAAACAUGAGGAAUUUACUUCCUUUAUGAGGAUCCAUAUGGCUUCUGGGUUCAGCACUCCUGAAGUUUUUGGUUUACCUUUUUAACCUUUGCAUAUUUAAUAUUGAUAAUAAAACUUUAUUAAAAGUGAAUAAUGGAUUUUGUUCAUUUAUGCAUUAUCUAACUGUUCACAAUAAACAGUUUUUCAUUCAUCUGUUGAUAA